UUAUUUUCAUGUUUGAUUUACAUUUAGACUCCACAUUUAGGCCGUGGGGAGGAAUUCUACCGCGUAGACUCGGUUCAGAUAGGCAGGCCUGUUACUGUAAAUGUCUGCCUGCCUGAUUUCAAUUCGCUUGAAAGCGAAGACGAACUUGCCAUCCAGAACUUACGAAAGCUCCCAAGACCGUGGACUCAAGUUUUUAAACCCCCCGGCAAAGGAAUUGCUGACUGAAAUAUAAUGUCUCGUGUUAACCUGACUGAUUAUUAACAUUGUUUUGUAAUAUUGCAAAAAUUCCAUGGAUGUGCAAGGACACGGUAGUGGCAGUGAUGAAUCUUCAUGGGAAAAUAAUAGUUAUCAAGAGAAAUGGCGCUGAUGGAGCCCAUUUUCCGUUGACUGUGGACCGAUGCCUAUUUGGCAGAGGCCUUGACUGUGACAUUCGUAUUCAACUACCAACUGUGGAUAAUGAGCAGUGUCAGAUUGAAAUAGAUGACAAGGGUCAUGUAUUUAUGAAGAAUUUAAGCUCCUCAACCCCCACUCUCAUCAAUGAGAAAGCCUUACCAAACUCACUGACGGCAAUGUCCCAUGGUGAUGUCAUCACUAUUGUGGACCGGAAAUUUAGAUUUGAAUUUCCGCCAAAUUCCCGCUUCUUUCAAGGAAAGUCUCCGAAAGCCAAGAGCCCUAAAACUCCCAAGACAAAGUCCCCAGUGGUGGCUAAACGUCUCAGUUCUGGGAAAAGCCCAAAAGCCUCUCCCAAAAAGCCCUUAAGUCCGAGGACUGACAAUGUGCCUAUGGCUCAGAGCCCUAAGUCAGCAAAGUCUCCCUCAAGUGCCAAGAAGGAUUCUGGAAAACGCAACUCUAAUGCAAACAACAACAAGUCCCCUCAGGGUGGAGCCGCUGCGUCCCCUGACUUUUUGUUUGGGUUGUCUCCAGCUUCAUUUUACAAGGCGUCUGUGACUCCUAAGGCGAUCAAGAAGAUCUCUGACUCGUACCGGGCCAGUGGAUCUGCCCAGGGCUCCCGCGUGAGCAGCCCGGCCCCAGCCAGUCAGGCACAGAAGAGUCCACUCAAAGUAGCUGCAGGAUCAGCUGCUGGAUCACCCAAAUCUCCUGGUGGAAAGAAGUCUGAAGGGACCCCAUACUCAAAGUCAAAAAACUUGCGCAAGAGUAUCACAGACUUGAAGAGACGAUCGGUGCCAGUUUUUGAGGCAGAGGAAAGCUCUCCGAAUGUACCUAAACAAGAGAGUAAAAAAGCCACCCCACAAUCAAACAGAAAGAGGAAAUCUUCCGGAGUAAUGCUUCUACCAAGUUCAAAGAGAAAGCGCGUGUCAUUUGGACCAAGUCUUAGUCCGGAACAUUUUGACAGGUGUCUCCCUCCCAAAACCCCUGUUAAGAAAGGAGCCACACCAGGAAGAAGGGAUAGCGAGGGUAGAAAAUCCUUGCUGAAAUCUACCCCUUUCAAGAGCCGUUCCCCAGCCAAGAAGGGCCAGUCACCCCGUAGGUCAAGCACCACCCCUUUUAAAGUGUCUGAUAAAACGCCUCCUAAGUCACCAGCUAAGAGUGCCUCUCCAAAAAGCCCGGCGAAAUCUGCAGCUGCGUCGCCUGCUGAGAGAAAGUCUCGGUCUCCCAAGAAAUCUUUGUCUCCCUUGAAGGCAGCUUCAAAGUCUCCAGUCAGCAGAAAAUCAACUCCAUCACCGACUCCGAAACAGACUCCUCCAUCAAAGUCCAGAGGUUCCACACCCACAAAAACCCCACCAAAAUCUAAAGCUAAGAGCCCAUCACCCGUCAAAACCCCGAAAACCCAGACACCAGUGUCAGCAGCAAAACCCAAAACUCAAGAGAGCCCUUCUUCCCCUGCCGAGUCUCUGAAGCAAAAGUUAAAGCUGGAGUCCAAGAGCCCUGCACAGGGAAGUGCCUCACCUGCUAAGAGCAAGACGCCGGCAAAGAGCCCAGCCAGAAGCCCUUCUCCCGCUAAAAGCAAGACACCGGCAAAGAGUCCGGCCAGAAGCCCUUCUCCUGCUAAAAGCAAGACACCGGCAAAGAGUCCAGCCAGAAGCCCUUCUCCGGCUAAAAGCAAGACACCGGCAAAGAGCCCAGCCAGAAGCCCUUCUCCCGCUAAAAGCAAGACACCGGCAAAGAGCCCAGCCAGAAGCUCUUCUCCCGCUAAAAGCAAGACACCGGCAAAGAGCCCAGCCAGAAGCCCUUCUCCCGCUAAAAGCAAGACACCAGUGAAAAGCCCUGCAAGAAGCGGCUCCCCUGCUAAAAGCAAGACACCAGUGAAGACACCGGCAAAGAGCCCUGCAAGAAGUCCUUCUCCUGCUAAAGGAAAGACACCAGCAAAGAGUCCGGCAAGAAGUGCAUCUCCAGCUCUCAGCAAGACGCCAGCGAAGACUCCUGCUAAAACUCCAGAGGUAGUUAAAUCCUCUCCUGCCUCUAGAUCAAGGAGUCAAUCUCCUGUAAAAACACCCAAGUCUGCAGGGAAGACCCCGAAAGUGGAGUCGGUUUCAAAGAUUAUUGCUAAAACCCCUUCCCCUGCUAAAUCCCCUUUGAAGUCCCCAAAAGUCAAGUCUUCUACUAAAAAAGGAUCAACGAAAAACACUCCCGUCAAAAUUGACCAAAUGAAUGUGUCUGCUGCGUCCCCAAUGGAUUUAUUUUCUCAGCUGAGUCCCCUUGCCCCAGUGGUAUCUAAAAGAAAAAGUACUCCAGGGAGCGUUAAAUCCAAGAGAACUCCUCAAGCCAAGCGUGCGAAGAGUGCAAGUCCUGCUGGGCUGAAGCGCAUGUUCAAGACCCCGGGAAAGAAAUCCUUGCCUGUUGAUGUUAGUCCAGCUAGUCUUCUACGCUUGAUGAAAACGCCCAAAGAAAAGACAGAUGCUGUCACUAAAACGCCAAAAGCAAAGAGCGUUCACAUUAAUGCUGCAAGCCCGACUGGUGUGAAACGGUUGCUGAAAACGCCAAAAGUCAAACGCGCAGGGCAGCAGGUGAGCAGCCCCAGUGGCAUCAAACGUUUGCUGAAGACUCCUAAAGGCAAGAUUGCCGCAGAGGUGGCCCUUGAAGGUGUGGCAGAACUGUUGACUACACCGCCAAGCAAGGCUGCUUCAACUCCAAAAGGAAAUAUAAGCCAAAACAAUGCUGGUCAGGGAUCGUCUAAGAGGAUGUUUGUUGACACCCCAAGGCCAGUAUUUUCAGCAAAACGGAGUAGGAGCCCUAAGAAAUUUUUUGAUGAUGCUGCUGCUGCUUCUCCGAGCAAGAGUGCGCCAGAAGGGAAGAAAGGUGGUACUCCAAAAGCGACUCUUUCAGCCAAGAAAGCUGCAUCUCCUAAACAGACUUCUGCUAAAAAGGUCACAUCUCCUGCAAAGAUGCCUUCACCUUUGAAGACUUCUGCAAAGAAAACUUCACCUAAGAAGACCCCUUCAUCUGCAAAGAGUUCUCCUAAAGCGUCCCCCAAAAAGCAGACAACGCCAAAGCCAGCUGCAUCCCCUAAGACCCCAUCCUCUGCUAAAGAAGAUAACUUGAACAUUCUGAGCACACCAAAGUCGAGCAAGAAAGGAGGGAAAUCACCCAAAGCACAGAAGAAUCUAGCUCUUACAGCGUUGCAGAGUCCAGCUGGGAAAAUUAUUGCACCUCCUCAAGAUAUCAACAAAGUGGUGGCACUGCGGGCUAUUAUGGGCAGACAAGCGACCCCGAAAUUGUCGGCUCUCCAGAAGAAGCCAAUGACACCAAAGUCGAGCAAGAAGGCAGCGUCCGCAAAGAAGGUGAAAACUUGGUCAGAUAUUGUCAAGGCUCAGCCAUCAGCAAAGCCGCAGAGUAUCGCCCAAGGCAAGAGUAUCUCUGCUCUGAACAAAGUGAUCAAGAAGCAGUCCCCCCUGCCUGUGAAGAGAUUAGGAAAAGUGCCCAAGACUCCCCGGACUGUGGCAAGGGCUCUGGCUCCCUCAACUGGCCAUGCAGAAUCGCCUGCCACCAUUUUGAUUGGCAGGAAGGCUCUCGGAAAGACCAAGGCUAAAACACCCAAGCAAGUCCCACGGAAGGGAAGAAAACAGUCUGUUACAAAAGCAGCUAGGAAGUCGGCCGGAAAUACCAGUUUCACUGGCCUCACAGAGAUGUUUAAAACUCCGAAAGAAAAGUCUCCCUCCACUUCCAAGCAGAAUGACAGUGCCUUGUAUGCCGAGCUUCCAGACACUCCGAAUGGACCAAACGAAAUGUUCGUGUCCCCUUUGUCCGACCGCAAGUCCAAGAGCCCGGGCAACAGGAAGAGCACAAACCUGGUGGGUGUGAAGGAGCUGUUUAAGUCCAGGAAGUCAUCGGGCAAGGUGACGUUGACAGGGGUCAAAGAGCUGUUCCAGGAGCGGAAGGCCAGCUCCGUGGUCAGCCCCACUGGUGUGAAGAAGAUGCUCAAGUCUCCCAAAGUUGUUCCUGCGGCCAGCCCCACAGGGGUGGAGCAUUUGUUCCUGUCUCCCAAGGUUGCAAAAUCGCCGAAGAAGGUGAUAUCAGCUGAAGUUGCACAGGUAGAAGCUGUAGCUGCAAAACCAAGCCCAUCUCCUGUGGCUGCACGAGGAGGCAGGAGAGGAAAAGUUGCCAAAGUUACUCCUGUGAAGGCCACAAAGAGCAAGGCUCAAACUCUGACGUCGCCCGCCUUGGCGGUAACCCCAGUGAAGACUUCGAGGACAAAAAGAGGAGCUGCAGCAGCAGCAGAAUCUGAGCCGCCUGCAGCUUCUCCUGUGGUUGCUAAGAAACAAGCUACCAAGCGCAAAGCAGCUGCAUCGCCAGCGGCUGCGGUGUCCAAGAAAGCUAAAGUUGUCGUGGCCGAGGCUUCUCCUGCCAAGCCCAGGGGCACCAGGGGUCGGGGUGCAGGAAAAGCUGCAAGUCCAGCGAAGAAAGCAUCUCCUGUAAAGGCCCCGGCUCGGGGUCAGAAAGCAGCAGCAGCAGCAAAGGCUGUGGUAGCAGCACCAGUUGAGGCCUCCCCGGUGAAGUCCAGGAGCACCAGAGGUAGAGGAGCAGGGAAAGCUGCAAGCCCAGCCAAGAAAGCUUCUCCUGUUAAAGCAACGGCACGCGGCAAGAAAGCAGCAGCGAAGGCACCAGAGCCUGAGGUCGUGGUUCCCGUACAAGCCUCGCCAGUGAAGGCCAGGGGCACCAGAGGCCGUGCGACAGCAAAAGCAGCCAGCCCUGCCAAGAAAGCUUCACCGGUCAAGGCUGCGGUUCGGGGCAAGAAAGCUGCUGCGAAGACAGUAGAGCCUGCAGCACCAGUAGCUCAGGAGCCAGCGGCACCUUCCCCCGUCAAGGUGGCGUCUCCUGUGAAACCAGCCGCUCGGGGCAGAAAAGUGGCAAAGGCUGAGCCUGUGGUAGCAGCACCAGUCGAGGCCUCACCGGUCAAGUCCAGGAGCACCAGAGGUAGAGGAGCAGGGAAAGCUGCAAGCCCAGCCAAGAAAGCUUCUCCUGUCAAACCUGCUGCACGUGGGAAGAAAGCAGCAGCAGUAGUUAAAGCCCCUGAGCCCGUAGUAGCAGCACCAGAACCUUCUCCUGUCAAGGCCAAAACGACCAGAGGGAGAGGGGCGAGCAAAGCUGCCAGUCCGGCCAAGAAAGCUUCUCCUGUCAAACCUGCCGCACGUGGCAAGAAAGCAGUGGCCAAAGCCCCAGAGCCCGAGGUAGCAGCGCCAGUGGAAGCCUCCCCGGUCAAGGCCAGGAGCACUAGAGGUAGAGGGGCUGGGAAAAAGGCAAGCCCGGUCAAGAAGGCUUCCCCUGCCAAACCUGCCGCUGGGACCAGGACAGGAAAACGGAAAGCUGACGUUCCUGUAGAGCCGUCUCCGGCAAAGAAAGCGAAAGCCGCGGUGGCAGCUCUGGCUACUCCCAAGGUGAAGAGCCCCGCAAAACCUGCCCGCAGAGGUGCUGUGGCCACCAAGGCUGCUAAGGCUGUCCAGUUUAGUGUAGAAGCGAGCCCAUCCCCUGUGAAACCUGCCAGGGGUGCGAAGAAAGCUCCGGCAGCAAAAGCUGCACCGGCUGCCACAAAAAGGGCAGGCUCUAGAAGUGCUGGGCAGGCUCCAAAACCGGUUAGUCCUAAGGUGAAAGCGGCUGCUGAAGUUGCCCCAGCUCCUCCUAAGGGCAAAGCAGCAGCAGCGAAGAAGGCAUCUGCUCCCAAAGGAAAGGCAGCGACAAAAGCAGCGUCUCCAAAGAAGGCAGCAACUCCAAAGGGGAAGACGGCAGCAAAGAAAGCAACAACACCACAAGCAUCUCCUGUGUCCCGAAGGACUAGGCGGCGAUGAACAGAUUAUCUUUAGGGUUGUAUAUAGGCUCAGUGUGCAGCAUUUCAAAUGCAUAGUCUUUGGAUCAGGGACUCAGUACCAGAGACUGGUCGUGAUCUGUUUCAUUCACGUUCAUUUAAAACUGAUUCAUUCAUUGUCCUUGGCUGGAAAUGCUCUUCACAUUGGACUCUUAAGUGCCGUCAAAUUUCAAACAAAAAAAUGUUUCUAGUGUUUUAAUGAGAUGGUCAUGGAAAAGCUUAGGUGAGACAUUUUUACGUCUUCAGCAUGAUACGUAUUGUGCCAUUUAUCUGUAUUUGGACCGUUGUAUAGGACUGACGCAAAUUUAUUUGUGCCUGUGGAAAGUAAGUAAUGCACCAGGUCAGUUAGUCAAUGGCAGCUGAGUUGUUUGUUUUUUAAAAAAUUGCUUACGACGUAUAUGUUAUAAUGUAUUGAUUGGAUUGACGUGUGUUCAUGAAUAUUUAAAAAUCAUUUUUGCAGCUGUUUUUUCAUGCUCUACCUUUUCCAGAGAAUGGUCACAUUUUUAAAAAAGAGGGACAAAAGAUUUAGUAUAUUUGUACGAUAUUAGAUUCCGUGCCAGCUUAUAUCUAUACUGAAUCAACUGUAGAUUACACCUUUUUGUUUAGUUGCACACUUGUUUAUAUUUCUCCUCAAUCGACUGUUGUAUUUGCUGAUGAUCUUGGAACUUAUACGAAAAAGUUGGCAAAAGUUGAAGAGGAGUGUGCUAGAACUCGGGGCUUAGCGGGGAAAUAAUAUGAAGUGAAUAUCUGAAGUCUACUGUACUAGCCAUCUCUGUCUCUCUCUGCCUCUCUCUCUCUGCCUCUCUCUCUCUCUCUCUCUCUCUCUCUCUCUCUCUCUCUCACACACACACACACACGCACACACACACUCCCCCUUCCCUGUUUAUUUGAUGUGUUGUAGUGAGGUUAUUGCGAGUGCCUUACCUUGGAGUUGCCUCUGGGGCCUAUAAGUGUACGUGGACUGACUUGUAUCAAACUGACUUAUUUAGGGCUGCGACUUUGAUUGCAGACAGAAUUGAUCGUUUCAUAAUUCAUUGUUUCAUGAUUAAGACGAGAUAGUUUUGUGUUUUGUGCUGUUUUUGCUUGUUGUUCAUUGAAAGUUUUAUAAUAGGCCUGCUCAACCGUUUUUACAAAUCAUCAGAGUAACAUUGUGUGCUCUUCUUCGACCUAUGUGGUUAUCCACACUUUAAAAAAAAAAAUGAUGUCUUUACCUUUUGAAAGGUUUAUUUUCACGAAUGCUAUUUCAACAUUCACACUUUUUACAAAUUUUGUCCAAGUCAGAGAACAUUUUUAGUUGCCUCAUGUUAAUCAUAUUGCAUGUGUAACGCUGUGUUAUUUGUUACCUACGUUCAGACAUUUUGCCUGCCUGAGAAAUAAAUCGUCUGCGCUCGGUUUCUCAUAUUAUCACAUGAGUUCAUAACUCCUUUCGAAAGUCUAUGUUUCACGAUGUAUAUUAGUGCUGAAUUUUCACAUUAUUUAUAGUAUGUGAGCAUUAAUGUGCAAAUGUUACAUUUCAUUUAUUUGAUGUUUGUAGAUUAUAUAUUUGCAAUUCCAAAGGCAAUGUAUAAUGGAUUUAGGGUUCGGGGUUGGGGGGGGGGGGGGUGUCUAUAGUAUAGUGUCAUGUAUGAUUCUUAAUGUACUACAUGACCUCAUGCAGUGGGGGAUGUAGCUUGAAACAGUUUACAUCAUUCUAGAUGUUAAAACCCUAUUUUUUGGGUAUAUAAAUGGGUUAUUUAAACAUUUAAAAAAA